UGAUGACGUCAUCAAAGAGGCCCCGCAGCAGCAGCAGCAGCAGCGUCGAUGAGGAUCAGAUUAGCGGAGGUGGAUUAUCUGAUGAAACUUUGUGUUCACUCAUGAUCGAUUUUAUCGAUCUUAAUCGAUCAAAGCGCGUUAUUUUUUAAAGAGUCCUCGCGCUGAUUAAAGAAAAACGAUCUUACGUCACGAUCAACGAGACGCGACAACGCGUUUCCAUGACAACGAGCUCCUCCUCCUUGUCCUCUCCGUGAACACAGUUCGGCUCCGCCUCCGUCAUGUCAGAGAGCAGCUGUGAUGGAGGGAGGUGGUUGGACGCUCACUAUGACCCCGUGGCUGGUCUGUACACCUUCUCGUCGUGUGUUGACCUCGCUGACCUCAGUGGUGACGGUGAGAGUCGUCUGCUGGUGGGCGACCUGGGCUCAGGUUCCUCUGGUAUGAAGCUGAAGGUUUUUCGGGGCACGGCCCUGCUGAGCGAGAGCACGCUGCUGGACCUGCCCACCGGCCUCGUCGCCUUCUUCAUGGAUCUGCACGAGCCGCGGAUCCCCGCCGUUGCUGUGGCGUCGGGACCCUGUGUCUACGUCUACAAGAACCUGAGGCCGUACUUCAAGUUCACGCUGCCCGGGCUGGAGGUCAACACGCUGGAGCAGGACGUGUGGCAGCAGGCGAGGGAGGGUCACAUCGACCCUGUGACCCUGAAGGAGAUGCUAGAGGGUGUCAGGGAGAAGGCGGAUGUCCCGCUGUCCGUGCGCUCCCUCAGGUUCCUCUCUCUGGAGACCAGCGACAUGGACGAGUUCGUCCAGCUGCACAAACAGCAGCCAAUCAGGCGGCAGACCGUCAUCACCUGCAUCGGAACUCUGAAGAAGAGCACGGCGGACGAGGACGGCGUCAGCUGUUUGGUGAUCGGGACGGAGAGCAGCGACGUCUACGUCCUCGACCCCGAGGCCUUCAUCAUCUUGUCAAAAAUGUCGCUGCCGGCUCCUCCCACCAUGAUGGAUGUGACGGGUCAGUUUGACGUGGAGUUCCGCGUCACGGUGGCGUGUCGCAACGGAAACAUCUACAUUCUGCGCAGGGACUCGGACAAACCCAAGUACUGCGUGGAGCUGUCAUCUCACCCAGUCGGGCUGGUCAGGGUCGGGAAGAGCGUGGUGGUCGGCUGCACCGACGAGAGUCUGCAGGGCUUCACACAGAAGGGGAAGAGGUUGUGGAGGACCAUCCUACCCGCUCCCAUCACCACCAUGGCCGCCAUGGACCUGCCCACACGGGGUUUCCAGGCCGUCCUGGUGGGCCUGGCUAACUGUGAUGUGCAGCUGUACCGCGACAAGAACCUGCUGAGCACCAUCAAGACGCCCGACGUGGUCACCAGCAUCUGCUUCGGCCGUUACGGACGCGAGGACGGGACGCUGAUCAUGACCACCAAAGGCGGCGGCAUGAUGGUGAAGAUCCUGAAGAGGACGGCGACAUUUGAUGACCGGGACAGUGCCCCUGGGCCGCCACUGGCCCAGGGCGUGCGUCUCAACGUGCCCAAGAAGACCAAGCUGUAUGUGGACCAGACGCUAAGGGAGCGGGAGAACGGCGUGGCCAUGCACCGAGCCUUCCAGAUGGACCUGAGCCGCAUGCGACUGGCCGCCGCCAAAGCCUACGUGAAGGCGCUGGAGUCCAGCCUGGCACCAGUGUCCUCCAGCCUCUCUGAGCCGCUGAAGAUGAACGCCGUGGUCCAGGGUCUGGGUCCGUCCUUCAAACUGACCCUGAAUGUGCAGAACACGGCGGCGUGUCGUCCCGUCAUGAACCUCGCCGUCAGCUUCCUGUACGACGAGAGCCUGUAUCGCAUGAGGAACCCUUACAUGAGGAUCCCGCUGCUGGUGCCCGGUCUGGUCUACCCCGUGGAGACCUUUGUGGAGUGCACCAGCGACAAGGGCAUCUCUGACAUCAUCAAAGUGUUUGUCCUGCACGAGGGGAAGAGCCGCCCCCUGCUGACCGCUCACAUCAACAUGCCCGUGAGCGAAGGACUGACGCUCCACUGAAGACGAACUUUCUCUUUAAAUCUGAAAAAGUCUUUUUUAACUUCUGUAAGAACAUAAACAUGGAGAGAAAAUUAACGUGAAAACUGUUGGAUUAUGUUUGUAGAUUUAUUUAAAAAUGUUUGUAUAGAAACAAAAGAACAAGUUCUAUU